AUGUGGAUGGAUGUAACACUAAAUUACAAGGAGUACGUUCUGCCCCGAGUUGGUAGCACCGCACCUUUUGAAGAAUUCGGAUCUUGUGAUGCCGAACGCGUCUCUACAAAGAAGGAGCAGAAAUCGUUAGAUAGUUUUUCCUCUAUCUUGUGGAAUACCACUAUCGAAGACCUCGAUAUUGAGUGCGAAGAAGACUGCGCAAUUGAGGACGAGGGGGCUGAUCCACUGUGGGAACCGGAUGAUGAAGAGGAAUUAGCAAGCACAUCUAGAGGGUUGUUGAUAUUUGGUAAUGUGGAAGUGUCCAAACAGCAGGUACAGGUUCUCCCCAAAACAUUUAUUAGAGCGAGAUAUCCAAACAAAACCAGGCGGAAAGCGGUAUCAGAUUCUAUCGGUCAAACGCAAAGGGAUGCCGUUCGCUGUCGUGCAUAA